ACAACUGACAAGGUUAUAGGUGUAUGUAUACCUAUUCAAAUAGUUUGAACGUUAAUAGCUAUAAGGAAUAAAAUGUAUGCUUAAAGGGCCUAAAUUGAAAUGCCGAGUACAGAAAAUAAUUAUUGUUGUUUUGCGCCUUUAAGGGAGGUAUUCUUCAAAAAAUAACAAAAUUGUUUUUGCUGAAAAGCUCAGUGAUACAUUGUGCGGUGACGGUAAUUCAGUUACCGCGGUAUAGAAACAUCUGCAGCAGUAGCGCUGCUGCACAACCCUGUAGAAGAAAAUCAAUAAAUUAGACAGCCCUACUCGAAAUUCGCAUAAUAUCGCGGCCGUUCCUAUUAUACUUCUUAGUUUUAUUCUGCAUUAGAACGUCAACAAUAUAACACUGUUGUUAUACCUAUCCACGUAAUUCAGAGACAAUUUUUCAUAAAAACCGUCCAAUAUGGAAUUUAAAUUUGAUAUAAAAGAUUUAGCUGAAGGAGGAAUUGUAAAAAUUGAUCAUUCUUUAACACCACUUGGCUAUGAAGAUGAUGAAAACUUACAAAAAAAAGUUGCAAUGAUUAUUGAUGAAAUGGGUAAGGCAUCUGCCAGAGCUCAGGAUUUAAAAAUGCCUAUAACAACAGCAGAAAAAUUAUCAAAAUCUGAUCAUAUAGUAUAUUUACUGUCAGAACAAACAAAUGAAGAAACAUUUGUCAUUGUUGGAAUUUUGAAAAUGGGCUGGAAAAAAUUAUACCUCUUUGAUAAAAAAGGUUCUCGCUCUGAAGCAAUGGUAUAUUGCUUACUUGAUUUUUACGUUCAUGAAACUAGACAACGCCAAGGAUAUGGAAAUAAACUAUUUGAACACAUGUUAAAGGAUAAUGAGUUAGAAGCAAAACAAUUAGCUAUAGAUAAACCUUCAAAAAAAAUGUUGCAAUUUAUGCAAAAACAUUAUUCUCUUAAAAAGUUAGUAGAUCAAGGAAAUAAUUUUGUAAUAUUUGAAGAGUUUUUUGAUAAUCCAGGAUUAACACAACUAAAAGAUAAAUUUGAUAGUACAAAUGGAUACAGAAGCAAACCUACAUAUGGACGCCAUGCUGCUAAUAAACACAAUGACUCCAUGUCUGAUAUAUUACAUGGGGCUGGUAGUGCAACUAGAUUGAAUGACAAAUACGUUGCUAAUGCUGAUAUCAUCAAUAACAAAUUCAAGGAUAACAAACCAAAUCUCGUCACAGUUCUUCCUUCAGAAAAAGAUGUAAAUGACACAAUCAACGGGAAAAAGGGUGCUCCACCAAAAUUGGAUCUAAAAUUUUAUCAUUCACAUUUGUGGUAAAAAACUUUUAUAAAUAUCAGAUAUUAUAUCAAUAAUUGCAUUUUUAGCAGUCUUAUUAAUCUUUAAAAUAAGAAGCUUUUUAAACUUUUUAUACAAUUACUUAUUUAAUUUAAAUAUAUUAUAUAUAAAUUAAUUAAUAAAAAAAUACAGUACAUAAUACACACUAUAUUAUAAUUAACAAUAUAAUAUAUAAGUACCUAAUUAAAAUGUAGGUAUUAUUUCUACAUGCAAGUGCCUACCAAAUUAACUUAUCAUUUUUAUUUUAUGUUGUAUAUUUCUAAAGUUAGUUUAAUGUUUUAAUUGUGCAAUUAUAAUUUUUAUUUUUUACCUUAAAAUUAUUAUACAUUACUCUUGAUGAUUCAAUUUUAUUAUAUAGAUAUUAGAUAAAAGGUACAUUUUAUAUUUAUCUGUGAUUUAAUUUUCAUUAAUUUGUUUUGAUGUUACCUAUUGUUGUCUGAGUUAUGUUAAAUUAUAGUUAUUUUUAUUUUAAUACAUGUGAAGUAGAAUUAUGCUUCAUAAACUUGUUUGUUUUUUAUAUAAUAUACCUAUUGUACCUUAUAAUAUUGCUGAUGAGAUGUAUAAUUAUUAAUUAGUUAUGUUAAUUACUAAGCAUAUAUAGUUUGUAUCUACCUAGGUGUCUCAUAGUUAUUAAUUUAAAAAAUUGUAAAUGUUUUGCACGAAUAUCAAAAAUCAAAGUUAUAUUGAGUUUGUUAGGUAUCAAGUUACUUUUAACCAAUAACCAUUAGGUAAUUAAACAUAUUACAAUAUUUGAAUUAGGCAUACCUACCUAUACAUUUUUGUAAGUAUGUUGUAUAAAAUAUACAAAAAUAGAUAAGUAGGUAUGUGUAUUAUAAUUUAUAAGUUUUUCCUAAUUUUCAAACUUUAAAUAAAAACAGUUUUGUAACACUUACAAUAAUACAAAAAUUAUAAGCCGUAUUUAUA